ACCCGACAGGCUAUGCUUCCCACUCCAACCACUGAUCGCUCUCCAGCUAUUCUCACCUGCACCACUUGGAUCUCCUCCUCCCCUCUUCUCCGUAGCUGAACGGCCCAGCUGGGCUGCAUUAGCAACCUGCUCAUAGAUAUCCUAGGCUCCUAGCUAGUUUGACUAUCUUGGUAGGUACGGUGACCGUCGGAUCAGGCUUCAGGCAUGGCGACCGCGACGACGACGGAGCAACAGCUCGGCCGCGUCCGCGAGGACGACGAGCAGCGGGGCUUCGUUGACUGUGACGGCGGCGACCGCGGCGUCGUGGCGAGGGAGGCGGCGAGCCGGCGGGUGUCCCGCCUGGCUGUCGAGGGCGGCGACACCGACAGCACCAGGGCCGGCCGUGCCCAGGGCGUCUUGGCCGGCAGGCCGGGGCGGCUGCAGGACGACGCAGUGGCGGCGCGGCGCCGGCGCUCGUUCGGCGGCGCGCGGGCGCUGCCGCCGCCGCACGCGUGGCUGGCGAUCGAGGACACGAAAAGGCAGCACGACAGCGACCCGGAGGCCGCGGAGGAGCAGUGGGCGCGAUUCCUCGGCGCGGCGGGGGCCGCCGCGAGGCAGCAGCGGCGGCGGAGCAGCUUCACGGUGGUGCGGCGCGAGCGCGCGGGGCGGGAGGCGUGGCUGGACCGGGCGUGGGAGAUGAAGCGGAGCUGGCACGAGCGCAACGGCGGCGCCCCCGACGCGGACACCCCCGUGGUUUUGGUGGUGGGGAAGGGCGGCGGCGGGGGCGGCGCGUCCGGCGCCUCCUCGCCGGCCCACUCCCAGCACGCGGGCUCCGUCGGCGGCGGCGGCGUGGCCAUGGACGUGGACGAGGUCCGCGCGUGCCGCGACCUGGGGCUGGAGCUCCCCUCCGACUGCACCGUGGAGAUCCAGUGCUACGGGCUGACGUCCGGCGGCAGCAGCCCCACCCACACCGCCAGCCGCGGCGCCGACUCCCCCUGCGCCGUCUCCAGCCCCGGAGCUGAUCCGAUGGACGUGAAGGCCCGGCUCAAGGUGUGGGCGCAGGCGGUGGCGCUGGCCUCCUCCACCCAUCUGAGCUCUUGAUGACGAUCGACCAUGAUGAUGCAUGCACCCAUGCUUCCAUGCGCAUAUGCAUGCUUCGCUUCAUUUCAUCGAUUAUUAUCCGCUCCGCUCCGAUCCUACAAGCGAACAAAGCUGGCAUCGUUUUUUUUCAGCCAUAUAUCAUACAUGGUUUCUCUAAAUAGGAGUAUAUAUGCCAAUGUGUGUGUACACCGCCCUGUUUUUCUUCUUCCUUUUCGCUAUAUUCAUUUGAGCAAUAAAUACUUAGGUAUAUAAUCGAUCUCCGUGUGCACGUGUACUGCUCCCUAAUCCAUUUGUAAUUGUAACUUUGUAAGCCUCGUGUGCGAGAGAUGCAUAAGCGUGUGUGUUCUGUGUGUGUAAGAAAUCAUUGUAUGAUGCCCACAUGUUUCUUAAUGACAUAUGAGAACUCACACAUAUGCGAGGUGUGUCGUCCAA